GGCUCGACAGCGGGCACCGCGUCAUCUGGCGAGGCAGUGGGCUCCGAGUCAACUGGUAUGACCGCGGGCACUGGGUCAGACAUUGGAUCGUCUGACAGGACAGCGGGCAUCGGGUCACCAGGCAUCAGGUCAUUUGGCUCGACAGCGGGCACCGCGUCAUCUGGCAAGGCAGUGGGCUCCGAGUCAACAGGCACGACAGUGGGCACCGGGUCACCAGGCAUUGGAUCGUCUGGCUCGACAGCGGGCAUCGGGUCACCAGUCUGAGUCAAUUGGCACGAUAGCGGGCACCGGAUCAGGUACCGGAUCAUCUGGAUCAACAGCGGGCAUCGAGUCAACUGGCCUAAUAGGAUCGUCAGGCUGGAUCAGUUCAUCAUGCUGGGUAGAGGCAUCAGG